AGUGUGGUGGUAAUUGAGUUUCAGUUCCCAUGGAGACUGUAAGCCGCAGUGACUCACGUGACAUGUGAUGUGGGUGGCUCACAUGACUGCUUACUAGAAAAAAUGGAGAGAAGGAGCCGGGGCUGAGAAGGAGGUAGCUGGGUUCUCACGUAGGACUGAUUUCCCCAAAAACUAUGGAUACAUCCAGGCUGACAUCUGAUCGGUACAAUGACUACAGCUCCACAGAGGCCAGUCCCAGCGAGGAAAGCCCUCCAGGAACCAUCAGCAACUAUGUUUCAGGUCCAAGGCGGUAUCAGAGGCUGGGUGAAGAUAGCAGUAGCACCACGUGGUAUCAGACAUUAAUCCAUUUGUUGAAAGGAAACAUUGGAACAGGGCUGCUGAGUCUUCCUCUGGCAGUGAAGAAUGCUGGGAUUGUGCUGGGCCCACUGAGUCUGGUCUUUAUGGGAAUCAUUGCUGUUCACUGCAUGGACCUGUUGGUAAAAUGUGCCCAUCACCUUUGCCAGAGGAACCAGAGACCCUUUGUGGACUAUGGCGAUGCACUGAUGUACAGUAUGCAGGGCAGUCCCAGCCAGUGGCUUCAAAGACAUUCUGUUUGGGGGAGACGAAUCGUUGGAUUCUUCUUGAUCCUCACGCAACUGGGAUUUUGUUGCGUCUACUUUGUAUUCCUAGCUGACAAUAUCAAACAGGUGGUAGAGGCAGCUAAUGGCACGACAAAUGACUGCAGCUCUAAUGAAACUCUUGUGCUGGUAGAGAGUAUGGAUUCCAGGUUGUAUAUUCUCUCAUUUCUGCCGUUUCUUAUCCUGCUGGUCUUCAUCACAAACCUGCGCUACCUGUCCAUCUUCUCAUUGCUGGCUAAUCUCUCCAUGUUGGGGAGUGUUAUUAUGAUCUACCAGUAUAUUGGCAGGGAUAUCCCGGACCCCACAAGUCUAUCUUUUGUGUCUAGUUGGAGGUCUUAUGCUCUCUUCUUUGGCACUGCAAUUUUUGCCUUUGAGGGCAUUGGAGUGGUCCUUCCACUGGAGAAUAAAAUGAAGAUCCCUCAUCAGUUCCCUGUAGUGCUGUAUGUUGGAAUGGGUAUUGUGACAAUCCUAUACAUUAGCAUGGGUACCCUGGGAUACUUACGUUUUGGUUCCAGCAUACAAGCCAGCAUCACGCUCAAUUUACCCAACUGCUGGUUUUACCAGUCAGUGAAAUUACUCUAUUCGUUUGGCAUUUUCAUCACCUUUGCCCUGCAGUUCUAUGUUGCUGCAGAGAUUAUAGUGCCAGCAGUGACCUUGCACGUACAUGAUCGCUGGGUGCGUUGUAUGGAUCUGACAGUGAGGGCAGCUUUGGUGUGCAUUACAUGUGUCCUUGCAAUCCUUAUUCCUCACCUGGGCCUUGUCAUAUCGCUGGUGGGAUCGGUUAGCAGCAGUGCCCUGGCCCUUAUUAUUCCUCCUUUGCUGGAAAUUCUGACAUAUUACACCGAAGGCUUGAGCCGCUGGGUUAUUAGCAAGGACAUUUUUAUCAGCCUUUUGGGCAUUCUAGGAUUUGUGUUGGGGACAUACGUUGCAUUGUGGGAACUAAUAGCUCCUGAAGUGUCGCCGACAUCGAAUGCAACUGCUCUGUAUAUUGUGCAGUGAGAGCUGGGCAAGCAGUGUCACCUUAUGGAAUUCCAAAAGCCAAUAAUUUCCUUGCUCUUUUCCUGAAAAGUCCCUUGUACUUGCUGGAGAGUGUAGCCAUGAAGGUUUCUCAGUGUGUCCUUGAGAUGCAGAAUUGUGUAUAGUGCACCUUAGUAUUCAGGGGAUGAAUGUGUUUCACAAGCUGACUGCCAAAUUAGUUGCAAAGAUGAUAUUACAGUCUAUACUAGGCCACUUGGCUUAAAGAGAUGUUAAGAGAAUAAUCUCUUUUAGAUUUUCUUUACAUUGGUUUACCUUUUGCACAUGUUGCUUAACUGGAUUAUCUAUUUUAGUCAUGGCAAGUGAAUUUCCCUUAAUGCACAGUGGUCAAUUGACUUCUUGUCCACUCAAAGCUACUGCAGUGUGAUUGUAAUUUUUCCUGCCCUGUAUGUUGGCAGCUACCCCCUUCUGAAAACGACCACUUCCAUGUUUCAUUUUUUGUUUUUACUUGAAAUCUAUAAGAAUAUGGUGCAAGUAAAAGUAAUGAGCUGCUUUUGUUAAGCAAGAGUGUUCUCUGUUGUCUGAUGUCAGGUGAAAAUAGAAACUAUUCAAAGACUAUUGUAGUGUUCAGACUGGCAUUUACAUAACAGGUAACAAUAUGUAGGUGUUUUGAUGCCAUCUUUUGAGCAAGAAAAAUAUAAACUGGGUAAAACAUUCCCCAUCAUUGCAUGUGCCAUAAGCCUUAAAGAGUAUGGAGGCAUAGCAUAUGGUGUGUAUAUAAAAUCUUCCACCAUUUAUACAUGCACAUGGAGGACAUCCAUAGAAAUAGUAUUUUGGAUAGGUGCCAGAUGCUUCAAGGCUGCUUCAGCUGUAUGAUUGCCAUACUGGUAAGUAACCUUACAAACAAUUCUUCUAGUAAUAAUAAUGCAGUAGAUCAGUGUUCUCUGCACCCAAUAAACAAUUGAGUGUAAGAUAACAAAUGGAGCAAAAAGUGUUCCAGGUCUACCUAUAACAGCCAAUCAGAUAGGCAGUAAUUUCUCCAGUUUGAAUAGUGAAGCAGACUUCUGAUUGAUUGCUGUUUUAUUACCUGACCUAAACCUGUCCAACCAUUACAUUUCCUAUCUUAGUACAUACUUUCUCUAUUGAAAUGCCAUUUCAAAUCCAUAAACCGCAGUUUGAGUAAUAUAAAACAAACAUGGAAGGAUGUGUUAAUUACCGUAUUUUUCGGACCAUAAGACGCACUUUUUUUCCCCCAGAAGUGGGGGGAAAAAGUCCCUGCGUCUUAUGGUCCAAAUAUAGCCUACAGAUAAAAAAAGGUUUUUUACUUGCCCGUGUGGUCUCUGUGCAGGGCCCUCCUCUAUAUACCGGCGCUUAGCUCUGGCGCUGUGUGCAUGCACAAUGACGCGCAUGCCCAUACGCAUUUAUUAGUGAAGUAAGUGUUUCAAGCUCAAAAGUCUCAAGCCUUAGUGUUUGAUCUCUACCAAUAAUUUUAGGACCCCGUGCCCUUACAGCUCUUCAAAAACCAGUUGGUUAGAUGGGUUAUUACCACAACCUCACACUUUAUAGCACAUUUAUGAAUUUAUUGUAACCCUUACAAUGAUUUUUAGUAGGAUUUGGUUCCUUAGUAUUGACUGUAUUUCUGAUUUUACAUCGAUUUAUAAAUGAUCUGCAACAUGUGCACCUUUUGUGUUUUGAGCCUUCAGGCUGGAGGAAAAAGGGAAUUUGAUAGAAAAACAUUACCAAUUAAUUGUUUAGCUGGAAAAUGUGGGGUUCUGGUGAGUAGCUAUUUGGCAUGACCUUGGACACAAUUCUUUUUUCUCUUCUACUUUAGAACAAUGCCUGGUACCUCAAAGUUAGCAAGUUAUUAACCAUUGGGAUAACUUUACUGGUCCCCCGUGGGUGUUGGGUAUAAUUUUAUUUCAUAACAAUAUUGUUUUGUCUUUCUUAUACAAUUUUGUUUUUCUAAACUUUGAAGAUUUCUUUAUGGGAGAGGUGCAAGUUGUGAAACACCAGGGGUGGGGUUUAAAUUUAUUGCUUACAUUUAUUGUAGGCAGUUAGAGACAGACUAACAUUUUUUCAAUAUAGUGUGAGGAAGAUUGGCAACAAAACUUUAUUUUAAAAUACCUUUCUGCAUUAAAAAGGUGGUAAGUUUUAUAGUCAUCAUAUUUUAAAAAGUCUACAUUUAUUCUAUUCUAACAAACAAAUGAACACAAAAGCAUUAUCAGUAAGUUACUACUGUAUGUAUUAAGUACAAAAUACCUCAUUACUGGUUUAUGGCAGUACGCCACUAACAGAUGUGUUAUGGGGAGUUUGUAAUUCUUCUCAUGGGUGGGCGGGUUUUGUUUUGUUUUGUUUUUUUUUUCCCAGAAUUUCCGAAUUAAAAGAAAAAAAUCUAAAUUUCAUUUUUUAAGAUGGAUUUGUAGAAAAAAAGUUAUGGAUUUCCUGAUAUAAAACUUUUUUUAACAGUAAUGCACCAAACCCAUACCUUUUUAAAAUUGGCUAAAUAUUGAGUGUCUCCUUUAAAGUCACAAUAUAGAUUUUUAUUGUGUCCUGAGUCAGAUCAGACCAAAUGCCAUAUUUAAUUCUCUAUUUAGUGCAUUCUGAACCUGCUGCCAAAUAAAAGCAUGACAUGCAUUCCUUUACUUCCAACCCCUGCCAUAUUCUUCCCUUAACCCACCCUGGCAUAGUGUUAUCACCAUUGCUCUUUGAGAUCAGCUUUAUUGUUUUUUCCCUAAAUCCUAAUAGCUGCUCAGGCUCUUUUUAUAACAGUUGUAGAACUCAAGUUUACACAAAAGGUGUUGCCAUUUGGUUUACAAUUUGUGAUUUGUAUUUCUUUAUGUUAUAAUGUACUGUACCUGAUUAGCAAUGAGGCAUCCUGUACAGCAUCUGGAAUGUACAAAUAAAUGUAAAUGUUCCAAUA